UUCCUGGUUCGGGUAAAUGUUCCUGGCUGUUUUUGGAUAUGUUGGAGGAAAAGAAGGCAGUCGGAUCUCCGCAGGAGAGAAAAACUUCAAACAUUAGCAGGAAGAAAAUCCUGAGCUUCAACGCAGGAAACGCCAACGUUGCCUCAACCAACGGCAACGUCAGCAAUCAUCCACAAAGCUUUUCUUUGCUUUUGGAGAAUUGCGCCCCGUGUCCUCCUCCAGGGGUCCUAACAACCCCACUUCUCAGCGGGCUUCCUGGGAGCGCGCCACUGACAGGAAGGCAAGCUGCUUCUUUGCAGUUGGCCCAGCUGAAGGCUCAGCUAGCAUUAACGCAGAUGAACAAUGUUCUCACUGUUGGUGGCUAUGCUCCAACCUUGACAUCAAACACCCACAUACCUGCUCCGGGAUUGCCCACAAAACCACCUUCGCCGACUGCAGUGGCCAUCAAUCUCCUGAACCUUCUGAAGAUUGCCAACACUAUGUCUCAUCCCAUGUAUAAUCCCUUUGCCCCUAGCAAACAGAUGCCAUCCCAUGGACCUUAUGGACUCUCUGGUGGGCAAAUGGAGAUGGACCCUCGGAGGCCACCGCCUCACUUUAGCUCUGGUUCCAACUUCAGCUCUUCUGGAUCUUCUGGUCUUGCCUGUGGACCCUCUGGAGGACCUAUACCGUCCAUUAUGUCUUUACCAGGAAGCUACAGACCCGAGAGAAAUAAGAUUACUGUAGAUGAAGACAUAGACAGAUGUUUGGACUUGAAUAUCAGUAGAGCCAGGGAGGAGGUGAUACAAACUUCCUCAAGUCAAAAUACCCAAUUUACUAAUGUUCAAAGAGACAUAUUUCCUUCUUCAAACAAAGGAAUGCCUUCAUAUUUGACAUCUCCUGCUACUCUAGUAAACAGAUCCUUUACUGUGGAUAAUAGUAACGACAGUUUGGACUGGUUGCCUAUAUGCCAGAGGGGUUCAGAGGAAGAGUCAACAAAAAAAUAUUCAUCUGCGUCCUCCACCUUCCAAGGCAGUGGUGAAAGUCUUUUCAGUACCUCCAGUGAAGGAAAACAUAUGUCAUCCAUUCCAGGUUUGGGUGGCUAUGACAUAAAAAGACCAGCUAAGUUUGUGCCUCCUCCGGAGCCCAUUCGCCCCAAGUAUACUUCGGAAUCAGCAUCGAACAUCCUCCUGCAGUUUGGUCUUGAAAAAGAAGACUUGGAACACCUAAUCUCUUACCCUGAAGACCAGAUAACACCUGAGAACCUGCCUUUCAUCCUAAGGGAAAUCAAACUGGAGAAGGAAAAGAAAACUGCAACUGCUGUUCAAUCCAACCCCUACAGUGCAACUCAACCCAUCAGAAGUAUGGGUGAAAAGGACAAGUUUAUUCCUUCCAUGGGGGAAAGGUUCAAUUCAGAUCAAAUAUCAUCCACUGUUCUUAAACCAAGUAAAGUGAUCGAUUAUGGACAUACAGGCAAAUACACCACAGAGGUUGGGAAUGAAGUUGGAAGAACUGUUGGCAGUUCAGCUGUAGCUGGUGUGAGUGGAAGUUUGUUGUAUACGGACAGUUUCAAACCUAGCAGUCAUGUCAGAGAUCCACUUCAAAGAGGCCCUGGAGAGCUAAAAACUGGACCAGCUGUCACUUCACAUGGCCAGAUGAGUUCUGUCUCCACUGUUGACUCACUGAGGAGCCCUGUGGCACCAUCAAGCAGCGAUCCAUCUAAAAAAUUGGGAGUCCAAGCAAGCCAGACUUCAACGCCGCUUUUCCCAUCUUUUGGAUUGCUGAACAAGGACACAGAUUUAAGUCGACUCAAACCCGAAGGCCCCAAAAUUCCUCCCCCGAAGCAGCCAGAGCCAGCUCACCAGGCAUCCACUCAACCCCAGCCAUUCAAUCCACCCUGUAAUUUAAGUCGUGGAGUUCAUCCUGGGCGUCCUGGCCUUGUGCUUAUUCACAGUAACGACUCUCACAACAACAAUAAGAGCAAAACUCAAGGACAAGGAUUAAAAGCUUCUGAACAGGCGAACAAGAUACCAGCACAACAGCAGCCAAUUCAGCAGACUCUACAGCAUCAAGGACCGCCACCACAGAAGCCACAAUUUCAAAUGCAUCCGCAGCCGGUUCUGCAGUUGAAACAAGUACAACAAGGUCUUCCUGCUUCCAUGCCACCCCGGUUGGCUCUCUUUCCAGGUCGACCUGCUCUACCUACACCAGCCCAAGUUCCAAUCCGUCCUCUUCUGCCUAUGUCAGCCCCAGUGCUACUACGUCCUUCUCUACCUACACCAGCCCAAGGCCGGAUGGAUGCCAUGCCUCGUAUGCCGCCUCCAGUUUUCAAAGACCAGACAUCAGCACCAAGGAUGGGUCCGUCCAAACUACCAACACCGGCCAUGAUCAAGGACUACGCCGCGGCAACACCAAGAAUAUUUCCUCAUACCUGUUGUCUUUGUAUGAAAGAAUGUACCAAUAUGAAGGACUGGCUUUCCCAUCAGAACACUAGCCUUCAUCUCGAUAACUGCAGACUGCUGAGGUUACGAUGCCCUGAUUGGGAUGGGACGACACUGGAGUUACUGAGUGGUCCGGGUAAAGGUACCCAACCCUCGCCCACAGCUCUUGGCCAGAGUUUCCAUGAGACUCGUUCCCAUUCCCUCAGCCCUCAACGCCAACGUGGAUCAGAGGAUGGCAAGGAAAGUCCGCACCACCAUUAUGGGUCAGAGAGUAGAAGACAAAAACGUAGCAGCCGCUCUCGAUCACAUAGUCCACAACGCCAUCAUUCCUCCGAUGGUCAACGAGAGAGACGAAGUAGCAGAUCGCCACACACCUCCAGACACUCUCGCAGGUCUCGCUCUCGUUCCUAUGAUCGCCCAACCUCGUCUCACCACCGCUCACGUUCAAGAAGUUACGAGAGGCGAUCACCUCCCAGGAAGAGGGAAGCCAAGCGGUCGUCACCGAGGAGAAACUAUGAGCGUCGAUCGUCUCCAAGAAGAAGCGACGAGAGACACUCGUCACCAAGGAGAAGCCGUGAGGCGCGGUCUCCAGCGGAGAGAUCCGCACCUCAGCGUAAGAGGUCCAGAAGUGCCGACAGACUGGCUAAGAGACUCCUGGAAACAACAGCUGUCCAGUCUCUGUCCAAACAAUCUAACCUGGAGGCCAUGGUUAAAACUCUGGCUCCUGCGUUACUGGCUGAGCUGGCUAAGAUGAAGUCCUCUUCCAACAUAGAGAAGAAGACGUCUUCUGCUAAAUCAGCUAAAGCCACAUCCAGCCGUCCAAAGAGCGGGAAAAGCUCUUCAGCGAAGCCUAUGUCUGCUGAGUCCUUAUCUGCUGGCAAAGUGAGGCUCUCUAGCGUUUCUGCUUCCCUUUCCCAUGACGACAUUUUUGAUGCCUUGGAGAAAUUUGGAAAAGUCAAAGAAGUGAACAUAGCAAGAGCAUCACUGCAGGCAGUCAUCCAUUUUGAGAAAGAGGCAGAUGCAGAGAAAGUGAAGAAAUUACAAUGCUUGCAAGUGAAAGGACUGACUGUCUACGUUGACAAAAAAAUGAACGUUGUUUCCAUGAAGCCUCAGUCGGCGCAGAAAAAGUCUGCAGAGUCCAGUACAACAUCCACUGGAAAAGCUAAGGCACGUGCUGUACCUGGGGCUAAAUCCAUAGCGACAGGCCAAGUUGCUCCAAAAGCAAAGGGUGUCCCCACCAAGCAGGUAGCUGUAAAGAAACCCAAUACAGCUGGGAAAAGUGCAGUGAAACCGGUUGGAGUUAAAACUACAGAAGGCCCAGGAGUCCAAAAAACCAGAAGUCCAGUAAAGACGGCCGACGAUUCUAAAGACGAAGCAACAAACACGAAACCUGAAGGUGAUGAAAUAAAAUCUGCUGAAACUCCCAGUGAGACCGCUGAGGUGAUGAAGACGUCGGAUACGACUGUCUGUGAUGAAGAUAAAGAGGAGAAAAUGGAAGUGACUCCUGAAGCAGGAACAUCGUCAAACCUGGUGAAGGCUGAAACCCAACCAGACGCUUUGGGUGUGAAGGACUUGGAGUCCAAAUCAGCAGCACCAGAAAACCAGCCAGUUGCUGCCAAAGCAGAAAGCGAAGAGCUCCCCCUGGUGUCCAAAACCGUCGACACAGAGGGAACCUCUGAAGAGAAUCAAGUAGAAGAAUGUCUCAAAGUGGAUUCUGUAAGAAUCAAAGUUGAAGAUGCUGAACCUGGAAAGGCUGAACCAGAAGAACCCAUGGAAAUUUUGAGUUCUGCUGAGUCCAAAGACCAAGUUUCAGAAACUGUAAAACCAGCUGCUGGAGUUAAAACUCCACCGUGUUCGUCGUCUCCAUGUAAAACCGCUGCUGAUCCAGGUCAAACACAGCAAACCGCAGUGAAAACUGAAGAAAUGUUAGAGAGAGACUCAUCGCAGGUCCAGCCGUGUCCGAUGGAGGAAUCAGAACCCCCAGCAGAAAAGUUAAAGACAGAAACUGAGCAGCUACAGUCUCCAAAGAAGACAGAAACGAAGCAGGAAGAUGUAAGCAGUCAUCUGACACCAGAACCUGUGAGCGACGUCGUGGCCGUGAAGCUUGACGAACCAACAUCUGCUGAAGCGAAGCCUGAUGAAGCCGCAGCGGCACCGGCUGACCUUUUCUCCCUCGCGGCCACGGUGAAGACAGAAAAGGAGGAGCAGCAAAAAGAAACAAAACGCACAGCAGAGAAAACUGUCAAGUCCUCGACGCCUCUUUCAAAAGACUCUCAUAAUGAGAAACAACCUCCACCUCAGACCCGUGCCUCAGUUUCCCCAACUCCAGCAGAACCCAUCCAGUCAGGUUCUGUCAAAGCAGAUAUGAUGGCUGGAAAAAACGAAGCAGGGGUCGUUGCAGUCCCGACUGCGUCCCGUAAGUCCAAUGAAAAUCCUGAGAGGAAGCGGUCACCCAGCGCUCCAGUCAUCCCUGCAGAAAACCGAGCCACGCCUGAUCUGUCCACCUCCACCAUGUCAGUCGCGGCUUUGGGCAACCUGGAGGACGACGACGCUGAACUUCCUCAGAUCAAUGAAGAAUUUUUCAGGGUGCUGACAACAGCACUUCGUGAGCACAGACUAAGACAGGGAGAAAAGAAAGCAAGUGAAGAGAGUCUCACCAUAAGCAAAACAACCUCUGAAGGUAUGAAGGAGGAAAACACGCCACUCACAAAGGACGAAAGCAAAGACGAUGAUAACUACACGGACCCUUUUGAUGAGUUUGGCUUCAACUUUGGAGACUUUGUGACUGUUGAUGAGAUUAGUGAGGAAAUGGAUGACACGCUGGUUGAAGACACCUCUGUUUCAUUAGAGUCGACAUCCAGAGAUGCAACAGAAAGGCAGAGCCCCGAUGUGUCCUCUGCUGCCAGUAAGACCUCAACAAGGUCUUCAAAAAACUGUAAGAGCUCAACUUCUUCCUCAUCCAAGUCUGAGAAGGGCAGUGACUCUUUAAGUUCCACGUCUGAGUCCGAAAACAAGCAGAAACCUUCCUCUGAACCUCCCAAAUUUGAAACCAAAACCUCAUCUGUGAGUGGCGUUAAAACUUCUCCCUCCACUCCUUCUAGUUCUGUAAAAACUCCACCUUCCUCUAAUCACAAAUCUCAAUCAAACAAGAGUAAGCCUCCCGUUAGGUCAUCAGAAACAUCAUCCUCUGGUCGAAGUACUCGUUCAUCAUCAGCAGCAGCCACUAAAUCAUCUGCAGGAACACAGCAGGUGGGUAAAAAGGAUGUAAAACCUAAAGAGAGUGCAGUGGCAAAGUCUGACCACCAGGUGUCAGCAGAGAGCUGUUCUGCAAAAACUGUUGAGUCAGAGUUGAGGAUGAAAACAUCGAAGAUUCAACACGCAGAGGGACAGAGCUCACAGAUCCAGAAUCUGAAGUCAGAUUUUAAAAAUGUCAAAGAGAUGAAGAAAAAUGAAGUGAAGGAUAAGAAAAAAGAUAUGGAUGGCAAAAGCACAGAGGAGAAGAGGGGCAAUAAUGAGAAUACACAAAUCCUUGAUUCCUUCAAAGAAAAAUCUGAUGGGCAGAAAAAUAAGGAUGACAAUCAAGACAGAAGAACGGAAAUCCAAAUAUCUGGACCUGAGCAGGACCAUCUCGUUCAACAGGGAGCUGAUAAUGACAACGGCCCAUCAGAUGAAUGCCAGGAAAUGGAAGUAGAUGAGUCCACCAAGCUGCAGGACGGUGCACUUAAAGAUCAGGCUGCCACAGCUGAUGAUAAAGAACCCAACCAGACUCCAAAUAGCAGUAAGGUAAAACAACAUAAUGACAUUCGUUUAUCCGAGAGAGUCUGUGAAAUCUCCAAAGAGGUUGGUCAGACCUCCAAUGAAGAAGACCAAAAUUCACUAAAGCUACAGGACAAAACAAGAACAUAUGUGACACGAACAAAGGACAGCAAGAUAGAAAAAGAAGAGAGUCUUGAGGAUUUCGAGGAAAUGGUCUAUGAAGUUGUGGACUCCAUUGAAGACGAUUCAGUUCAAGAGCCCUCAACCACAGGGAGUUGUAGUAGGAGACAAACACCCAGAGGAAACAGAAAAGAUGAGAAGACAUCACCUCCUGUAGAAGAACCUAAGAAAUCUGACGACGAAGAAGAGGAAGUGUUCACAGUUUUAGACUCUGUGGAAGAGGAAAGUCCCAGUGAAAAACCAGUGGUGACGAGAUCGACUAGAAGAAGAGAAAACACAGCAAAGAAAGCUGAAGAAAAUACUAAGACGAAGGAAGACAAGACCCCCACAAGAAGAAGAUGCACACCAGUCAGAGAUUCUAAGGAAAAACAGAAAACUCCAAAAAAAGAUGUUCCUCUAAAGGAAAGUGCACCAACAAAGAGUAACUCUGCUGUAGCAAGUACUGGUCAUGAGGACACCACCUACAUGGAAUUGGAUGCUGUUGAGUAUGACCAACCAACUACACAGAAACCAAGAAGAGGAAGACCUAAGAAGGACAAUAAAACAAGUCGAGAACAAAGUGAGGAAGGAGAAGAGCCUGUUUAUCAGAUUGUAGAUUCUCUAGAAGAAGAUCAAGAAAAUGCAAUGACGGUGACAUCCACUCUUCAGAAAGAAAGUGAGACAAAAGUUGAAAUGACUGCAGAUGUCAACAUUGUUUCACUUACUAAAGCGAAGGAAGACGAGUCCCCCACAAGAAGACGCACACCAGCCAGAGAUGCACAGGAAACAGACGGAGUUUAUCUAAAGGAAUGUGCACAAACAAAGAAGAGUGACACUGCUGUAACAAGCACUGGUGAAGGGGACGAUACUUGUAAGCAAUUGAAUGUUAAGGAUGGCCAACCAAUGACACAGAAAUCGAGAAGGGUAAAACCAAAGAAGGACAAUAAAACAAGUAAAAAACAAACUGAGGAAGAAGAGCCUGUUUAUCAGAUUGUAGAUUCUCUAGAAGAAGAUCAAGAAAAUACAACAACGGUUGAAUCCAGUGAGCUAAAAAUUGAAAUGGCUGCAGAUUUCAACACAGUUUCGUUUACCAAAUUGAGUGAAGACAAAACCCUCACAGGAAGACGAUGUACACCAACCAGAGAUUCCCAUGAAAAAGUUGUAGUUCCUGUAAAGGAAAGUACACCAGCACAGACGAGUAAUGCUGCUGUAGUAAACACCGGGGAGGAAGACACUAUUGUUGAUGAACUGGAUGCUGUUGAGGAUGGCCAACCAGCAACACAGAAACCAGGAAGAGGAAGACCAAAGAAGAAUAAUAAAACCAGUAAUAAACUGACUGAGGGAGAUGAGGCCGUUUAUCAGAUUGUAGAUACUGCAGAAGAUGAUCAAGACAAAAUCAUGAUGGUAGCUUCCACUCAUCUGGAGGAAACUGAGGCAAAGGUUGAAAUGACUGAAGAUGUCAAAACAGUUUUGUUUCCCAAAAUGAAAGAAGACAAGAUCCUUACAAGAGGACAACGCACACCAACCAGAGGUUCUCAGGAAAAAGACAUAGUUCCUCUAAAGGAAAGUACACCAACAAAGAAGAGUGAUGCUGCGGUAGCAAGCACUAGCGAUGAGGACAGUACUUAUGAAGAAUUGGAUGCUGCUGGGGAUGGCCAACCAACAACACAGAAACCAAGAAGAGGAAGACCAAAGACGGACAAUAAAACAAGUAAAAAGCAAACUGAGGAAGAUGAAGAGCCUGUUUAUCAGAUUGUAGAUUCUGUAGGAGAUCAAGGAAAAAACAUGAUGGUAGAAGCCCAUAUUCGGAAGGAAAGUGAGACAAAAGUUGAAAUGGCUGCAAAUGCCAACACCAAUUUGUUUCCCAAAACAAAGGAAGACAAGAACCUCACAAAAAGACGACACACACCUGCCAGAGAUUCCCAGGAAAAUGACAGGGAGAAAACUCCAAAACCAGAUGUUUGUGUUCCUCCAGUGGAAAGUGCACCAACGAUGAAGAAUGACGCAAGGCACUUGGGUGGGCAGGAGACUACUUAUGAAGUAUUGGAUGCUGUUGAGGAACAGGUUGUUGAGGCAGCAACACGAGCAUCAAGGAGGGGAAGACCAAAGAAAGACAAUAAAACAAGUAAAAAACAAACAGAAUAUCUGAAGGUUGACUCGCCCAGAAAGGAUGAUGAAGAAGAAGCAACAUAUCAGAUUCUUGACUCUGUUGAGGAUGAGGUGGCUGAUGACGUAGCUCCUAUUGACCAAUCCGAGUGCGCAAAAACGUCAAGCGCUUUUGCAGAUGAUGACAUAACGAAGGAAAUGAUUAGGUCACUAUUAAAUGAGGAGGAAGGAGGGACAAUUUAUGAAAUUGUAGAUUCGCUGGAAGAAGAUCAAGUUCAAGAAGAGACAAUGACAGAAACAGCCAUGCAGGAGGAGCGUGAGACAACAGGAGAUCUGGUAGCAAGUACUGACCACGUACUGUCCAGCCCCUCAACUGUAGAACCGUUUGGACAAACAGGUGGAGGGAAGGAGACCCAGUUAGCUGGUAAACCAUUGGAGGAUAAAGAGGAUCUAUCUGCUAAAGGCUCUGAUACUGAGGGGAAGGCAGACGUUGUAGGGGAAGACGAGUCUUUAAAUCAGCCAAAUAAUCACCUUGGUGCAUCAGAGGAGAGUACACUAACUUCACCGAAGAGCAAGGACACAGAAGCAACCGAAAAUAUUCUUGUGAACCUGGAUCAGGUGAGUGAAGAUGAGGAAGAUUAUCCUGAUGACGCGGCGGAGGAAGAAGAACUGAAGAAAAGGCAAGCUGCUGCUCAGAAAAGAGAAAAUGACCGUGAGGAGAAAAGGUCCAGGGAAAGAGAAACUAGGGAGCGAAGGAGUCGAAGCAGCAGCAGAGGAGGGAGCAGGAAAUCAACGCGGGAGCCGGAGAAGACGAGUCAAGAAGAUUUAGAAAAGGUGGAAGUCGACGCCCAGGAUCUGGUGACCCUUGAUGAGGUGGGAGAAGAUGAAGUCGGAGAGGAAGCUGUGACAGAGGCUCCAACAUGGGAGGUGGAACUGCAGGAUCUCGUUACACUGGAUGAGAUUGUUGAGGAAGAGGAAGGACAGCUUGAAGCCCCGCCUCAGAGUCUGGAGAGCCAAUCCAAGGACUCUCUACAGCCAGAAACCUCGUCAACUUUGACAGAAACCACCCAGAUUGAGGACAACAGAGAUGACGAUAAUCAUCCAAAAGAACCUUCCAGCUCUUCUAAACGUAAACUCGAUGACACCACAGAGGAAAGUGGGAACUUUGUCACUGUUGAUGAGGUGGGAGAGAUUGAAGAGGAGGAGGAAAAGGAAGCAGUAACAAGAAAAGGUCGACCCAGGAAGAGAAGCCGACAGACUCCUGUGAGAAAAUCUACCAGAGGCAAAACAGUGAAGGAAGAAAAUCAUAGACAAGAAGAGGAAGAAAAUAAAUCCCUGCCCUCUGCUUCCCUGGACUCCUCCUCGACUCUGGACACAUCUGGUCCAUCAGGUGACGCUCAGUGUGAGACCCAGAGGACGGAGGAGGGGAAGAACACCGAAGCUGCUUCUACCGAACAUCAGCCUCUGCCUAAUGAUGGACUGAGAUUAGGAUGUGAGGAAGCAGAGAAACAAGAGCACAGAAGGGCCGACGCUACAGCUGUGGAUAAACGGAAGCGGGAUUUGACUGGACCCGAAGCAAAACGAUCUCGCUCUCAGUCUCCGAGUGUCUCUGCAAACCUGCAGCUGCCACCGUUUAAUCCCAGAAACCCUCUGGGUAAGGAAUUUGUGAAUCCCACGUCUGGGUUUUUCUGCAGUUUGUGUUCUGUUUUUUACUUAAACGAGGAUACGGCCAAGGAAGUCCACUGCAGCAGCCAGGAGCACUACGACAACCUGAAGAACUAUUACCAGAGACUUCAACAAAAUGUCCAAGGCUCGCUUUCGGACUGAUCAGAUCGUUUUCCUGGAACAUGAGGAACCACCAAAGCUUUCCAGCACCAUGAUGGACUGAGCUGUAACUUUUUUUUCUUUAUUUUUCUUAAACCUUUCAGUAUUUCGUCAGUUUUUUGUGCCUUCUUUAUACAUAAGUUAUAUAUUCCCCAGCUAAAAGUGGCAAAUAUACGUAUUUUGGAGUAUUUUGCUGCUAACUUAAUUAGGAAGGUAAACAACUAAAAGUUACUACCGACUCAAUAAGUAUUGAGAAAAACAGGCAGCAAAUGAAAUGCUGUUUACUAGUGUGGACUGUUCAAAUGAUAGAUUUAUUCUACAAAUCAAAAGGUUACGUUACCAUCAACUUUUCCACAUUCAUUUGUCACUCAGUGUCACAGCAUAGUGCAUCAGUUUGAUGCAAAGUUGAGUUCAGUUUUAUUUAACGGUUCCUGACUAAUGGAAGCUGCUGUUCUGCAUUUAGUUUUGUAGUUGAGACUCAACUUUUGUUUAUGUUGUGACUUUUCUCUUUAAACAAGGGUCCAAUGUGUUGUUUCAUUUCUGUACAUUUAUUUAAAAAAUACAGUGAAAACGUAUUGUCUCAUGUAAAGAAAUUCAUAAAGUGUAAUUAUCUGAUUUGAAAGUUAAUUUUAGUCUGUGUGUGAAAGAGUAAAGACUGAGUCAUUUUGAAUCCUUUUCUGUUGUGACAUCUGAUGACUGAGAUGAUUAAAAAUGAAUGAAAACAUCA